ACUUUAUUCACUCCUCAUUGAACUUGCGGCUUUGUGAUUUUUCAUUUCCCGACAAACAUCCGAGCGAAUGGACGCCGCGACCGAUGCGAAGGCGCAGCUCGCCCAGAGAUUGCUCGAGAAGAAGCGUCGCGGCGGUGCGAGCAGCAGCAGCUCGAGCCAGCAGGCAGCCAGUUCCAGUGCCAACGCAGCAGGAGCCAGCCACCCGCCAGCGAGCCAGGCACCACUCAAGAGCUCAGCUGCUGCUUCAUCGCAUGGACAGGCACAUGCACAGGCACAGGCACAGGCACGGACACAGGCACAGGCACAGGCACAGGCAGGCGCACCGUCAUCACCGUUGCCGAAUGGACUCGCUCCUGCUGCUCCCUCAAGAAGCGCAUCGACUGUUCAUCCACCAGCCGCGGUGCAUGCACAGACCCAUGCCCACACAAGCGGCGUUGCAUUGCCACCGCAGCGAGUCGCUUCGAAUCUGGCUGUGGCUCCACUCGAUCCGUUAGCACAGAUGACACAGCGAUUAGCGAGUACAUUGCCGGGAUUGGCGCCAAUUCACCAAGUGCAAGUGGAUGCACUCGCAGAGCUCGAGCGCACCAUUGCUUCGCAAAACGAGGUCAUUCAGACGUUGAUUCGCGACAAAGGCGAGCUCGCACAGCAAUUGUUAACAGCCCAGCGACAGAGCGCAGAGCAUGCGCGCACUGUUGGCGAAAUGCGCGACUCGGCGACGGAGCAAAAGCUACGCGCCGACACUCUCGACCGCACCGUCCAAGACUUGCGAGCGCGCUGUGAUCAGCAAAGCCGAGCGCAGGAAGACGGGAAGGCGAAUUUGGCGCGCGCCAACGAUCGUGUGCGAGAGUGCGAGCAGCAGCUGCGCGAGUCGCGCCAGUCCAACAGCGAGCUUGUGCAGCGACUCCAGCGGCAACUCACCAGCAUGGAGCACCUGGAAAUCAAAAACCGCGACUUGAGCAAGGCCAUUGCGUUAAAGCAACUGGAAUUUCAGCAAAUUGUUGGCGACGGCAGCAGCAGCAAUGGCUUCUCGCCUCUUUUGCAGACUUCUGCUCCCCCGCUCAGCAACGGAGCCGUUUCGGCGACGCGCCAAGCGGGCGCCGAGAAACUGGGACUGUCUGCCAUUGUUACCGAAAACACGGAGCUUCACGAGCGCGUUCUCAAGCUUGAGUCGGCGCUCCGUCAAGUGCAAGAGGAUCGCAACAGCUUGGCCAGCGAGCUUCAGCUGGAGACGGCGCGUGUCCAAACUCUGACCACCCAGCAUGACACUACUGCUCGCGCUCGCGACAGUGACGCCAAGCGCAUCUCCGACCUGGAGGCCCAGUUGCAAGAUGCACAACGAAACACGGCAGCAGCUGUCGCCUCUGCGACCGCAGCAGCUGCCACCGCCGUUGCAAGUUCGGCCUCGGCUUCUGGAUCUGAAUCAUCGACUCAACCGCCAAAUUCACACGACGAGGCACUUGCUGCCGCCACAUCACGGGCGUCACAGGCACGCAUCGAGGAGCUCGAGCGGCUGCUAGAGGCAAAAGCUGCCGAAUCGGCCGCAGAAACCCAGAGCCUGCGUCUCCAAAUUGAAAAGCUGCAAGGAGCCGAUGUCGCCCAACGGGAGCAAACAGACACCCAGGCUGCCGCGAUGGUCGCGCUUCAGGCCAAGUACGACCAACAACUCGAGCAGCUCUCGGCGUUGCGGGUGGAAAACGAACGCUACCAGGCUUCAAUGUACGAUCGCGACUCUUUGCUGGGCAAGCUCCGCAGUGACGGGGAGACGAUCAGCAAGGCGACGUCGCAAAACCGUGCACUCAAGGCGCAAGUCACCGAACUGGAAGAUCGGUUUGUGCAGAUUAUGAAUUCGAAUGCCCAGCUAACCGAAUCUGCGCACAGCGAGCAGCAUCGUGCGAGUCAACUCGAAGCUCAAUGUUCGCGAUUGCAACAAGAGUUGGAUGCUAUUCAAGCAGGUGCAUCCAGCGGUAUUUUGUCCUCUAAUGGCGACGCAGCCAACAACAACAACGACGAGGACGCUGAAGUAUCGGCGGCAACAACCUUGCGAAUGCAACAAUUGGAGCUUGAAAACUCACGGCUAACAGACGAAAAUGAGCAACUCAACCAAACCGUGUUCCAAACACAAGCCCUGCUGAAAGCACAGCAGAUGGAGCACGCCCAACACCACCACCACCACCACGAUGACAGUGACGCUGAACCCUCCUCUUCCUCGUCCUCGCAAUCACAGCAACAACACCAGCAACAACAGUCAUCCCUAGCUGACACGGACAUCAUCUCCCGCGUCGAUCACGAGGCCGAGGUGAAUGCAUUGCGCUCUAGCCUGCGGUCGCACGAAACCAUGCGAGAGGAGCUGCAGACCAAAAUGGACAAGCUGCAGGGCCACUUUGUGCAGGUCGUGGACGAAAAGACUGCGCUGGUCGAGCGGUUGGCGCAAGAGCAGCACCUGUCGGAACGAUUGGCGCUGGAAACGGACACGGUGGGCGAGUACAUUCUCAUGUACCAGGCAGAGCGAGCCGCGCUGAAAAAGAAGUUUGAAGAGCGCAACACCUACAUUGAGCAACUGCUCGAGGAGCGUGAAAUUCAAAAGCACACCCUGUCACAGCUUAAGCGCCUGCUACUCCGCUACAUGGCUCUGGAAGGCAUCGUUCCUCUACCCGGCGACAGCGAGGCUGUCGACCAGGCUCCCGAGUCGGUCCAGCAACAGUUCUACAACCAGCUCACCGACUCCAUCCAGACAUUCCAGCGUUGCCGACGGCCGCCACACGAGCGUACACCGGGUGAGAGCAUCGAGGGCGCACCGCCACCAUCUCCACCACCAGAGCAGCCGCUCGUUCUUCUCGACGACUCGACGCGCACCAUGCUCGACUCCAUUGAAGGCACCGCUACAUCAAUAGAGUUCCUUCCCUGCAAAAAGUGCAGCGCGACCGUCCAGGUGGUUUAAACAUCAUUGUGUUGCGGCUCGUUUUACUCUUUGAGCAAUCAUCAAUCAACCCACUCGUUUUGUUUCUUUGCUGUUUUAUUGGUUUUUUUGUUUGUGUGUUUUUGCAUCUUAAUAUACUAUUCUCAGA